CAUCCAAAAGACCACAUUCAGAUCAGCUUCCAACACACGAAAGCAAUCAACUCUUACUCCAGAUCCAAUUCGCAUAGAAGAAACAAACAUGCCUCAAACCACUCAUCAAACCCACGCCACCAACCCAGCCGCGUCGGAAGUCCCUCCGAAAGCUCAGCAAAAAGCUCCCGCUGGCGCAGAAGACCGCCUUCCAGAGAGCGUCCACCCAACAGGCAACAGCGAUAAAGUCAACCACUCGCAAGGCCACUCCUACGUCCCAAACAAAAUCGCACAAGCCCUCCCAACCAAGAUCGAGCAAAAGGUGCCGGACAGCAUCCACGACACCUCUGGCAAGAAAUCCGGCGGCCCACCAGCAGGCAGCCAUGCAGCUUCAUCUCAAGUCCCACCUGGAGUCCAGCAGAAAGCUCCAGCAUCAGUAGAAGACAAGCUACCCAACAAGGUCCACGACACAGGUAACCCAGGCAAAGAAUCGCACGACCAAGGUCAUACACAUGUGCCUCAAGGAGUUGCGCAGACUUUGCCAACCGGUGUGGAGAAGGCCGUUCCAGAUGCUGUCCAUGACACCAGCGGGAAGAAGUCAGGCGGUAUCUCCAAUGUGCCAGAAGCGGGCACUACUGGGACCACUGGAAACAGAAUGCAGACUGUUAACUCCGGUGUUACCACUGGCGGCGCGCUAGGUGCAGGACCGACCGUUCCAGGUAGCACCGACACUGCUGGACCUACUGGUCGCUAUUAGAGCUUGGAAGCUGAGAGCUUGUGAUGAUGAAACGACAUAUUGUAUGAUAGAUACCAAUGCUUUAGAUGUAGAGGCUACUCUUGCCAGCUUGAAGAUACAGAACUGUAAAAUUUAGUACCAGUCACUUGAUCAUUGC